GCAGUGAAGCAGACAUAAUGAAAGGGGUUUUGGCUGAAGUCGACGGAAUGAACUUUUCUCAAGGUCUCCUGUUGGUCAGGAAUCAAUAUUUUAGUAACCCAUUACCACCACCAUUAUAUAAGGAGUGGGGUUCAUUUGUAGCAUUCACUGGCAGUGAAGGUAUGGUUUAGAGACAGCGGCUCUUUUGAAUUGACCAAAGGCUGGGCUGGAGGUUGGACACGUUAACAAAUGAGCAGCUCAGAGGCACAGUUAAGGUAGAACAGUUUGGUGGUGAAGUUAGAGAGGCGAGGUUGACAAUGUUCAAUGUGAUGAGGACAGAUAACAGAGAUAAUAGACAAGAGCAUCAACAAUGGCGCCCUCACUUGUCCAGGCCUACAGAAGGCGCUGGUGGAUGGCGGUGACGGCAGUGAUUGAAAACCUCCUGUGCUCAGCCGUGCUGCUAGGCUGGGGCUCCCUGCUCAUCAUGCUGAAAAGGGAAGGGUUCUACUCUCACCUGUGCUCAGAAAACGACUCAGUGGUUGUGUCUUUGGGAAACUCCUCGUCUGGAGAGUUGGAGGAGUGGCUAAGCUGCGUGGACCAGGAGGAAAUGUUGAACCUGGGAUUCACCAUUGGCUCCUUCUUGCUCAGUGCUACCACACUACCCCUUGGUAUCCUUAUGGACAGGUUUGGGCCACGCCCCAUUCGUCUGAUGGGAAGCUCAUGCUUUGGGAUGUCCUGUGCUAUGAUUGCUGUAUCUGCCUACAACCCUGAAGUCCUGUCAGCUCUCAUCUUCCUGGCUCUGUCCCUGAACGGUUUCGGAGGCAUCUGCUUGACCUUCACCUCGCUCACGCUCCCUAACAUGUUUGGCUCCCUGAGUUCCACAGUCAUGUCUCUGAUGAUCGGUUCCUACGCUUCGUCUGCUGUCACUUUCCCUGGAGUCAAGGUGAUUUACGAUGCAGGCGUGUCCUUCCGGGUGAUCAUGUGGAUGUGGUCAGGACUGGCAGCGUCCGUCUUUCUUAACUGUUUUAUAAACUGGCCUUCUGAAGGUUUCCCCACACCUGAUGAGGUGGACUACAGUAAGAUCGAAACCCUGAAGGCGGUCCCUGUCUCCGAGGAGAAGACUGCAGCAGAGAAACUCAGCCAUAAGAAUGGAGACGUGAGACACUCCACGGAGAAGCUUCCCAACGGUCCUGAGGCUGCAACCAAUACCGUUCCUUUCCGCCGCUCCGUGUUCUCUCCCAUCUUCCUGUGGAGUUUGGUGACCAUGGGAAUGUCCCAGUUGAGGGUUAUCUUUUUCAUGGGGGCGAUGAACAAGAUGCUUGAGUUCAUGGUCACACACGGUGACCCUCAUCCAUCCGAUGAGCUGGUGAUUGAAGCAGAAGAAAAAGUGAGCUUCUACUCCUCCAUCUUCGGUACCCUGCAGCUGCUGUGUCUGGCCACAUGUCCUCUGAUUGGUUACAUCAUGGACUGGAAGAUGAAGGAGUGUUUAGAAGAAGGCACCCCUGCUGGCACAGAGCUCAGUGUUAGACAGAGCAGUGGGCCCAGGAGAGUUCGUAAGGUCCAGAAAAUCACCAACGCCAUGAGGGCCUUCAUCCUCACCAACAUGCUGCUGAUCGCCUUUGGAUGCUGCUGCCUCAUCGACAGCCUGCCUCUGCAGAUCCUGACCUUCAUCCUCCACACCAUGGUCCGAGGCUUCCAUUCCUUUGGUGGAGCUCUUUACGCUGCUGUCUACCCAUCCAACCACUUUGGUACCCUGACUGGCCUGCAGUCCAUGAUCAGUGCUGUGGUUGCUCUGCUGCAGCAGCCACUCUUCAUCACGAUGGUGGGACCACUCAAAGGAGAUGCAUACUGGAUAAACGUCGGCCUCCUGAUCACCUCCCUGAGCGGCUUCCUGUUGCCUGGUUAUCUGUUCUACUACCGCAGAUGCCUGGUGAGAGAAAAUAAGGCUCGAGACAAGCAGGCCGGAGCUCAGGAGAUGCAGGCGCUCAACCACACCGAGGCAAACGGCGUCAAAUCCCACAACAACAGCCUCCCUGCUGUAGAGGCCUAGAGAGCCCAGCACACAAACCAAGCCACAGAUAAUCAUUGUUUCAACAGUCCCAGCAACCUUAUGUACCCAACAAACCCCUAACUGACCCCUCCCCCACACCACAGACGAUGAGACGGGAGAAGACGUGUCAUGUGAACGCAUCUGAGCUGAGGUGAAAAAGCAGAAAUUAGUGUGAUUUUUAAGCCAUGAAUGUCAGUCAGUGUCAUAAACACGCACACACACCCCAGGACGGUCCACUGUGCGUCAGGCUACACGGUACUUGAAACACACCUUAUCUCAAAGCUCUGAGAUAACCAUUGUGAUCCAAAUGCUAAACAAAACCAAAGAAUGUCUUAAAGGUGCAGUGCAUAACUUUACUACUAAUAUAGUAUCAAUUAUUUUGGUGAAUUAUUCUGCCGCUGUUUUCUUUGUCUGAAACCACCUCUGUGGACAAUAAUAAAUGUGUCUGAGGGAUAAGUCAGUUAGAGUUCAUCUGAUAAACUCUAGGGUUUUUAGAAAGAGCAGCCUAUUCUGCUCAUUUCUAGUGCAUUUCUUUGUGUUUUAGACUCUGUUGAACCUGUUGUCUUUUUGCUCUCCUAGCACAGUUGUUGGGCUUGUUUCUAACCACAGUCAGUAUUACAGCACUCUGUGUAGAGAGAGGACACAGUCAUCCAGUUGCUAAAUGGGUUCAACUGGUUGAUGAUUUUAUUUUUGUAAAUUGUUUUUAUGUUUAGAGUAAAAUGGUAGAUUUCUUUUUCCUCAUGAAGGCGGUUAGCUUCCUUGCUAACAACAAAGAGGGAAGAGAAAAUACUUUGGAUACUUUGAAUACUUUAAAGUUGUUUUUUUUAAUCCUCUUUGAUUCUGAAAUUUUGACCAAUACGAACCGAUACUGUUCCUGAGUAUCGAAUCGAACCAUCCCAAAUUUACAUAACACUACUUUGAAAACCAGUUUUUAUCUACUGAGAUUUGCGACUGGCUUAGCUGUGUCCAUGUUGUAAGUACAGUGUAGGUUCCGGUCCCUUCCUUACUGUGUGCGGCCAUCUUGCCCAGUGCUGCUGUUGUGUUUUCACUUCCUUCCCUUGGUAUGGACAAGAAGCCAAUUAUUUCUAUGUACAGCAUUAAUGUCGCUGGACGACAGGAGACACUAAAACUGGAACUGACAUUGGCUGGAAUACGACAAACCUUAAAGUUACGCACUGCAGCUUUAGACCUUUUAGUUCAGUUUAUAUUUCUACAGAAUAUUAGUUAUAUUUUUGCUCAUUCUGCUGUAUCCCUCAGGAAAUAGCUUUAAACAUGUAUCAUAACACUAACACAAACAUUGGUAAAGCUUUGGAUAUGUAGGUAGAACACAAACAAACACAGGCUGGUUGUAGAGAUGCUUAUCUACCUCCGAUUUCUUUUCGUACUGUCUCUCUCCAACCGACUCUGACAUCACUGGUCACAUGAGCAAUAUUAAUAUCUUUAUAGAGUCAAAACAGCCCAAAUAUAAAAUGUAAUCAGUGCACGCUUUGACUCGUAAUGUUUAUUCGGCCCUUGUAGUUUUUUUUAUAACAGUAAUUAACAGUUGUUGAACACUUUGCUCUGCUACGUGCAGACAGACGAAUGAGUGUGUGUAUAAAGUGUAUUUAUACUCCUAGCAGAGUAGCAUUGAAAAGGGAAGAAGAGUGUAUUGUAGGUUGCUAAUUACAAAUGAAGAUAAUGAUUUUACUGUGUACUCUGCUUUUUUUUUUUUUGUAGCCGUGUGUGAUUUCUGGAGUUAAAAACUCCACAAGUUAUUUUGUAAAUAGAACUGAAGUGAGUGCUUGUUUCCUUUGCUCUACACACAUAUACAUAUAUGCACGGACAAUGGCUGUGGUUAAAUUAGCUUUUGAAUAUCUUUAUAUAUAUAUAUAUAUUCAGCUUUUUAGCCAUUGACCCACCUACUUGAGUCAACUUCUGAUAAGAGAAACUUCUUCCAAAGUGUCAAAAAUGUACUUCUUUAUCUACUCUGUACAUUUGAUCUGCACACAUUAAGGGUCGUAUAGAUUUGUUUGAUCGAUUGUAAUCAUUAAAUUAACUUUUUUUUUUAAUCGAGUCCAUUUCAAAGUGAAGACAGGUUGGACAAGUUUUUCCUUGUUUGAAGCAUUUCUUUUUUUGUUGUUGUUCUAAUUUCACACUGUGUGUACGAUGUUUGAAUCAGUCUCUGACGACUUAUUACUGUCCGUUUCAACUGCGUCUCGUGACACUGCCCAAUGAAAAACCAAAGUCGGAAUUCAUUCUUGUAGUGCAUGCACAUAUUACUGUAUGUUUCACAAAUUUGCACAUGGUUAAAUGUCACAAAUUAGUCCUUGGACAAAUAAUGGUUGAGUCUAAGUGUUUGUUUGUUGACUUUCAUAAAGGGUUAAUCAGCUCAUUAGUUGCCAUGCUUAAGUGUACUUCUAAUAUUUAAAACGUUGAGAACAUUUCAGCCAGUAUUACAGAUGAUUAUUUUUCAGUUAAAAAAAGAUUUAACUAAGUAUUUAAACAGAUUCACCAGCAAUAGUAGAGUUCCUUCCAACUCUGUUAAUUACUGCCAAACCUGAUUAGAAACACUGCCAAACUAAACCUGACCUAAUGUGACUCCACUGAGCUGAUUUCAGUUGUUUGUAACUAAGUUGUCACCAUUUUUUUUCGCUGUGUACUAAUAUCUACGCUCUCACCCUCAGAGUUUGUUUCUCACCUUCUGUUAUAUAAACCUUUUUUCCCCAUCCUCAAUCAAUGUAUCCAGCUUGUGAAUUUGAAAAAUAAAACGUAUGGAUGUAA